AUGCCCUGUCCGAGAAGGCCGCGGAACUCAGGGGUUCUCCCUGGCAAGUUUGCACAGGUCAGUUCAGUUGUCAUGGCAAUUUGCAGAACAUGAAAGUGAUUGGAUAUUCUGAUUCCAUGUUAUUUCAUUAUAUCUAAAUAGAUUUGUAUUGAUAAGCAAUAAUCAACUUACAAUGCAUGUUGUGUUUUCUCACCUGUUUAGACAAACUCCAGUGGAAGAACCCUAGGGAAAGUCCCAGGCCAGUCUGAGGACCCUUCCUGCCUGAUGGUGAAUUACUUCUCUACCAUGACUGUGUUUGACCAGCAGGUUGAGAUGGAGAAUGCCAGUCAGCACAAUGCACAUGCAGGCUAA